CACCUCGCUCAACCUUUUGUCUUUUGUAUUUGUCCUCGAAUCUUUUAUCAAUGCACAACACUCAUAUCACCAACCAUAUAGAACAUAUCCUUUUGGCUUAUUGUACUUUGCUUUUGGAAGCUAGGAAAGAUCAAGCUUAGCAAGAUGGGUCGUGGGAAGCUUGAGAUCAAGUUCAUUGAGAAUCCAACCAACAGGCAAGUCACCUUCUCCAAGCGAAGGAAUGGUAUCUUCAAGAAAGCUCAUGAACUCACUCUUCUCUGUGAUGCAAAAGUCUCCCUCAUCAUCUUCUCCAAAAGCCACAAGAUGCACGAGUACAUCAGCCCUGGCCUUACGACUAAGAAAGUAAUUGAUCAGUACCAGAGGACCUUGGGGGAUAUCGAUCUGUGGCGUGACCACUAUGAGAAAAUGCUUGAAAACAAGAAGAGACUGACAGAUAUUAAUAAUAAACUCAGAAGGCAGAUCAGGCAAAGAAUAGGGGAAGGCAUGAAUAAUUUGGAUGAUCUGAGCUUCCAACAACUGCGCACUCUUGAAGAUGAUAUGGUUUCUUCCACUGAGAAAAUACGCGAACGGAAGCUUCAUGUGAUCAAAACUCGGACAGAUACCUGUAGGAAAAAGGUCAGAAGCUUGGAGCAGAUGAAUGGAAACCUCCUGCAGGAACUUGACUCAAGGACAGUUGCACUGGCAAAUGGUGUCUCUAACUUUCACGCAUUCAAUGAGGAGUACAACCAUCUGAAUCGUCACCAACAUGUAGAAGAGUUUGACUCCUACUAUCUGCGCCUUGCUUGAGAGGCAAGCUCAUCUAAAAAUUUGUACUUGGGACCUGUAAAUUAAUCAUCUUGCUCUUUAUUAUUUAAGCUUUUGUACUUUUUCUAUUCAAUCCAAAGUUAGUUUCUAAAUCUUGCCUAUAGUGCAUCUUCGGCAACAGUAUUGUGAUAUGAAAACAAACAAGUGGCUCAAAAUGUGACAAUUUAUACAUUUAUUCGACCACAGCAUCAAUUCCAGUGGCCUGGCUCAUUCUGAUA